AUGGAAGCGGGUUCUGCCGACGUAAAGGCGCCCGAUGGCUUAUCUCUCGAAAGUUUACCGAUGGCCGGUGCAAAAUAUCGGAAAAUUCAAGGACUCAGUUGCCAGACGAAUAGACUGCAUUAG